GGGGUUUCAAGAAAUAUUUUAAGUGGCAGUUGUAAGAAGUCCCCUGAUGUCAUUAAAAAUGUCUUGGAUAACAUCAGUGUUACUUUAGGAAGGAUAGCCCACUACAACUAAAGAAGCUGGUAGUGUAGUCUGUAAAAUGGUGUCUCCAUCUAAAGAGGAGGCAGAUGACCUCCCAGAUAAAGAUGUGGCCAGGGACUUUUAUGCAAAAUAUGAACCCAAAGAGAUUCUUGGCAGAGGAGUUAGCAGUACAGUACGACGAUGUGUGGAAAAGGAAACAGGAAGACAAUAUGCAGCAAAAAUCAUUGACAUCAGUGGAGAUACAGAUGAUUCACAGGGAAUUGGAAUUUCUGUAAGAGAUGCAACCUUGAGAGAAAUUCACAUAUUGAAACUAGUAGCAGGUCAUCCAUACAUCAUUGAACUUCAUGAUGUGUUUGAAUCCACAACAUUUAUCUUCUUAGUUUUUGAAUUGUGUAAAAAUGGGGAAUUGUUUGAUUACCUUACAAAUGUAGUUGCUCUUUCUGAGAAAAAAACGAAAACUAUCAUGAAACAACUUUUGGAAGCAGUAGAGUUUAUACAUUCUAAGAAUGUAGUUCACCGUGAUCUAAAGCCAGAAAACAUUCUUUUGGAUGAUGAGUUCAGUGUCAAGAUUACAGAUUUUGGAUUUGCCAAAACUGUAAAACAAGAAGAGUGCCUAUUUGAACUGUGUGGAACACCAGGGUAUUUGGCUCCAGAAUUGCUUAAGGCUUCAAUGUAUGAGAAUGCAGUAGGUUACAACCAAGAAGUUGACAUAUGGGCCUGUGGUGUGAUCAUGUAUACCCUGUUAGUUGGCUUCCCCCCAUUUUGGCAUCGUAAACAGAUGAUAAUGUUGAGAAAUAUUAUGGAAGGAAGAUUCGAAUUUUGCAGUCCAGAAUGGGAUGAUAUAACUGAUCUUCCUAAGGACCUUUCUUAUACCAAAAUGUGGGAAGAACUAGAAAAUAAAAAAAAACAUAUUCUUUAUAUGUAUGUAUAUGGACAUAUACAACAAAUGCUUGUUGCAGACCCAAAAAAAAGAAUAACUGUUUCAGAAGCUUUAAAACAUGAAUUCUUUCAAAUAAUAACAACAAAGGGAAGAAAAUUUAAUGCAAAGAAAACAUUUCAGUUUGGAAUACUAUGUGUACGGGCCAUGGUGCGUCUCAAAAGACUGAAACAUACCCCUGAACCUUUAUCUAUUGACGUUGCAUGUAGUGACCCCUAUAGGAUUAAAACUCUUAGAAAGGUUAUUGAUGGCUGUGCUUUCCGUGUCUACUGCCACUGGGUAAAGAGAGGAGAAGCCCAGAAUCGGGCUGCACUCUUUGAAAAUCGACCAAAGGUAGAACUAAAACAGAUCUAUAUCAGUGCAAUGAAGGCUACAGCAACAUAAUGACAUAGGUGACUUUAGAAAGAGAUCAUUAAAUUGGUUUCACUUGUUUUGACGUGUUUGUGUGUAGAAUUUCUUCAGCCAGGAAAGUUAAAAUCUCAUGAAUUUCCAUGUUUGAUGUUUACUAGUGUUUAGGAACAUGCCUGAGAGUUUACCUAAAACAUAAUAUAGCAUGACUAGGUUGCAGUGCUACUUCAGUUUUUUACUUAAAUUUUGUACUGUACCGUAUUUUCAUAUCACAAAUCUACAAGAUUAAACUUAAAUUUGACAGUUUCUGUGGUGUGGUUAAAUACUUGAUAAAAUUGUAGUAGUUGCACUUAUUGAUAAAUGGUUUUUGUAUGUGCUUUAAUUAUCUAUGUUAACUUCAUAUAUUACCAAUUAUUAGAUUGCAUAUUAUUGCCUCUUUGGAGGAUAUUUGAAGUGUUAAGGGUUAGAAUAAACUUAAAAUAUAAGAACAUACUCAGUUGAAAGAUGGCAAUAAAUGGUUAAAAUGUCACUUGAAAGGGCAAAAUGUUGGUGUGAUGUAUAUCUUAUUGUGAUAUUUAUUUUAUGUGUAAAUUUUGUUUUUUAUACAAAUAUAAACUAUGGGGCCAAAUUAGGGCUUUAGUAAAUCUUGAAGUGAAAGCAUAUUUUGUUAACGAUUGAUCUUUUGUUAAAAUAACUUAAAGGUCUAAAACUUAUUUCUCUGAAUUAUUCUAAGAAGAAAAAGAUCAAUGGCUAGUCUAGUAUUUAAAAAAAUGUACUAAAAACUAUAAAAUCAAGUUAUAAAUCAAGCAAAAGGUUUACAGUGAUUAGUAAAAAGAAUUUAAUAUGUUGUUAAGAUUUUAAGAUUUUAAAUUUGAGUUGUCACUGUUUUCUUUGUCUGUGGUAUUUGUUUGUACUUAAAAAUUGUUAGUUUCCUUUCUCAAAUUCUGGUCUUUAUGCAAAAAGUGUUAAACAAGGGAAGGAGUGCUUUGUUCAAGAAGAGAAAAAUUAAUGUUGUUUUUCUAAGGUGUGACAAAUUAGGUGUUUUUGAGAAGUAGGACUAAAUUUAUUAACUGCUGUUUUAUAUGAAAUUGAAUGGUUGUAUCCUAGAAGGCAAAGCAUUUGUAGAGUUAGAAGUUAUAUAAAAUGCUGCUGUAAUAUGUAAAAACUCCAUACGUUAUAACAACUGUUAAAAUCAACUGAUGCUAAUGUAAUAGUUAUUACUCUUGAUAUAGUUAACUUUUGAAAUAUGCUGUUAAAAUUAUGUUUUUCUCUGCACAUAUAUAGAUAUUCAUGUCUUGCCCAACUGUGCCUUAAUUUCUGUUAAUUUUGUCAUAUCACAACUUUAAACAACUUGUUAUAGAUCACAAGAUUCAAAUUUUCCUGGGUUAAUUCUGUUGAAUAAGAGAUUUAUUCUUAUUGCAUAAAAUAUUAAAUGUUUUCAUUCAGUAUGUGAACCUUAUUACUUUACAAAUAUGUAAGAUUUCUGGAUUCUUGUGUCAGGGAAUGGGAAAGUCAUCAUAGUCACUGGUAAUUGAGCAGAUAUAGACUAAAUUCUUGAAGAGCUACUAAUAUAAAGUUUGUGCUGGUGUUUAAGAAAUACAUUUUUUUUUUCUUUUAAUAAACUUUUAAUAUACAGUAAUUACUAUGUUCUCCUUAGUUUUGAAGUAGAUUUUAUUUCUUCAUGCCUUGGAGAAAGUAGGAGUCUUUAAGUAUAGUGUAGCUAUAAAUCUAACAGAGCAGUUUUCUUGUAGCCUUAUAUUUCUUAAAUAAAUCAUAUGAAAAAUUACAUAAAAUAAAUAAAAUGUUAUUGAAUUGACUUUACUUAAGAUAAAACUAUUGGAACAUUAUUGACUGAAUGCAAAGUUUACCUAAAAAUGAGUAGUGUCAAGAAACAUUGUGGGUAUAUGAGUAGUGCACUUUAAUUUUCUAAAAUUUCCAGCUACUUGUGCACAUUUCAGUGGCUGCAGCAUGCUUUAGUCAGAUUGAGCAGCAUAUUUCAGUUUUCUUUACUCUUAGAAAGAGUAUAAACAUUAUUUAUACUCUUUAUUGUUUAGACUGAGUGGAUUAAAAAAAAGUUAAAGCAUCAGAUUUAUCUUCUGGAUUUACUGUUUUAGUUGUAGUCUUGUUAUUGAUUACCUACAUUGUUAUAUAAUACUACAGAAAUUUGUAAUUAGGUAGUUAAAAUUUAUUUAUUGUUUACAUAAGAACUAGUUUUUCCAGAAACAUUGAAGAGCUGAAAUUUUAAAUUAUAAGUUAUUAUUGUUCAUUUUAAUAUGUUCGGAGUUCAAAAUUAUUGUUUGACCAUGAUUGUUCAUCAAAGAAAAUAACUUUAAAAAGAUAGAGUAAUUUCUUGAUUCUGUAUGUAUAUUGUUAUAGAGAUUAUAGUUGUGCAACAUUUUAGCAGUGUGUAACUUGGUUAAUAUUGUAAGAAACAAUUUAAGAAUUCUAAUGGUCUGGGUAUAUUGGUGCCACUAGCACCACAGGAGAAAGAAGACAGAUGAUGUCAUAUGUUGAAGCUUCAGCUAACACAGGCACUUGUAAGUCUGUGUAUGAUAAUACUUUGUUAUAGAGGCUAAUUGUGAUGUGUCUGUCAUAGAGAUGGUGAAGAUACAGGGUAGAUAUAGUUUUCGGUAUGUAAAUCUAAUUCAAUUAAAAGAAAAUUUGUGCAUUGCUUAUCAACAGGAGGUAUCAGCUAUGAAUGGUGGGGCAAGAGAGAAUCAGUACAAAUACAGUUUGUCUCAUGUGUUUUUUUUUCUUGCAGUGCAAUUGAAAAGUUGUUUAUGCUUAAAUUGGCAUAUUUACUUAGAACAUGAUGUAUCUAAAAAUAAAUAUGAACCUAAGUCUAUCAUUCCAUUCACCAUUUGACACUGAGUCUUUACCAGUUUUAUAGAAAUCCACCCCUCAUCAAUAACCCUAGAGAAUGCUACAUUUUAUUUUUAAAUAUUUCUUUUUCUCACCAAAGUAUGCAAUAGUAUGAGUAAAACACUUUACAUUAAAUCCUACAAAGUGCUACAUAAAUAUAGGUUCAGUGUGAUGAGUAAAUAAUAACCAAAAACAUCAUACAUCAUGAUAUAGCUGUAUUCAGUAGCUAUCCUUGCCACAUGUUCUGUUUUUAUAGUAAGUUACCAUUCUUAUGUUUCAAAACCAUAAUAGCUGUUGUUAUGCCAAAACUAAGCAAAUUAGCUACACAAAUGACAUAGAAUAUUUGGAUGUGAAA